UGCUCGGUGACACCGCGUGCGCGGUCAUCAUCUUCCUUUCAGCCGUCGUGCCGGACGAAGAUCAGUCGUACGCGCUUGGACGUCGUCGUAGAGCCGAAAAUGACGUUUACGCCCGUCGCCAACCAAGACGCGCUCUCGGUGCAAAACCCGAGCCGACAUGUCGCAGUCGUCGACAUCGUCGACGCGAUCGGCGAGAGUGUGCAGGAGGCGCUCCGCCGCGUCGUGAUGGCCUACGGUCGCGACUGCGCCGUUGACUGCAAUGUACCGUCCGACGUGGAGACUCGAUUGGCCGCUGCCGAAGCUGCCAAGGCGGCGGCCGACGAGAAGGUGGCACUGCAGUCACUCUUGAUCAAGAAGCUCAAGCAGGAGCUCGUGCGCGAACGGACAGUGGCGUUCGAACUGCAAAAGGACCGCGUCGCACCGCCCGCACCGGCAGUGAAUGCAGGACUGAAGGACGAACAGGGCCGCCCGAGCGUCGACGCGUCGGCGGCCACCAGCGCCGCCGACCCGUGGGACUCGCCACCCAAGCCGUUUGAGACCAAACCGCCCACCGCGCCGGGACUCCUUGGGUUUCGCUUCUACUCGGCCACGCCCGUCACUGACGAUGACGACGAUGCGGAGCAAGACCCGCAGGCGUCGCCGUCGCCGCUCUCGACGUCGUUGCGCAACAGCAACAUGGGCCAGUUCCUCCCGUCCUCGCUCUUGGACUCGCCGUGCGUCAUGCCGGCGACGGCCGCGACGAUGCAUUCGGCACUGCUCACCAAGUUGCCGACGGCCGACGCGUUUUCGCUCGACGGCGCCAAGCCCGACGCCGAGGCGAAGGACCGGUCGUCCUUGAGCAGCCGGCGCACGACGAGCAACAGCUCUAACGAUGACUCGGUGGACAGCGACGACAGCAGCGCGAGCAGCAACAACAGUACGCUCAGUAUGCUUCAGGAGCUUUUCGAUGGCAUCAGCCUCGACGACCUCCAGGACGCUCUGCGCGCGAGCAACGGCGAGGUUGCCAAGACCAUGGAUUACCUUUUAAAGCACCACGCGUCGCUCAAGCCCAGUGUGGCGCCGCUGCCGGCGGCCAAGCCCGAGUUUCGCGCUGCGAGCAGCAACUGGAAGACCGAGAUGUGCAUGUACUACCUCCAAGGCAAGUGCAACAAGACCCGGCGGACGUGCUCGUUUGCGCACGGCGAGUCGGACCUCGUCCGCAACCCGAACGUUAGCGCCGCGAACAACGCGACGGCGGUCAGCGCCAAGGUGCCGGCGGCGACCACGCCGGUCUACAAGACGCGCCUGUGCCCACUGUACCUUGAGGGCCAGUGCCCGAAGGCGCGACGCGAGUGCCUCCUCGCGCACGGCGAGAGCGACUUGGUGUUUCGCGAGCCGCCAUCCCAGAGCGUUGUCAACGUGGCGCCAUUGCCGCUGCCCAACCCCGCGCCGCGCCUCCAAAACUACAAGACGGAGCUGUGCUACUACUUCCUCAAGGGCUGCUGCAACUACUCGACGGACGAGUGCCGGUUCGCGCACGGCGAGGCCGACCUCCGCACGGUCGAGAGCAACACGAUCGAGUGGGGCGCUAUGGACGCGACGAUGCUACUGCAAGGCAGCACGCUCGAGUACCAGCUGCAGUACCAGCAGCAAGCGCCGCACCACCACCACCACCACCACAUGCACCCGACGCCGCCGCCACCGCCGCCGUCCACGUACCGCUACAUGGUCAAGGACGAGAUGGCCAAGCGCCGCGUGACGCUGCCGGCGCGCCGCGACAGCCUCAACCACCUCCCGACGCCGCCGCAGUGGUCGACGCCCGCGUACGACUACUAACUGUACAACAACACCAAACCUGUCUGCCAACUCUAAACCGACUAUAGAUAAUAUAAAUAUAUAUACAAUAUAAACAUGCAGACCACAAACAAUGACAA